AGCAACACCACGCAUGCCUCGAUAUACCCGUUGAGACAACUACCAUUGUCGUUUUACAACUCGACUUCCUGCAUCCAAAUCAUACUGCCAUUCCCGCUGAAAACGCCAUCUAAACCGCAGCACCGUCGCCUACGAACCAUGACCGCCACCACCACCACCACCGACCGCGUCUUCCAGCUCACAGGCUCGUGCAACAACUACCCCUGGGGCAAAAAGGGAAAAGAUUCGCUCGCCGCUCAGCUAUGCGCAAAGGCCGACAAGAACUUCCAGAUCAAAGAUGAUGAGUUCUACUCGGAAAUGUGGUUCGGCGAUUAUCCCGACUUUCCAGCAAAGAAGUUCGAUACUGGAGAGCCCUUGAAAGACAUCCUCGAAAAGAACAAGGAGACGCUGUUGGGAAAGAAGGUCAUCCAGAACCUCGAUGGCCAGCUCCCCUACUUGCCAAAGAUCCUUUCCAUUGCCAAAGCCCUCCCGCUCCAAAUCCACCCCAACAAGGAGCUCGCGACAAAGCUCCACAAGAGGGACCCCGAGAACUUCACCGACCCCAAUCAUAAGCCCGAAAUUGCCGUGGCCCUGUCCAAGUUUGAAGUCUUUGCCGGAUGGAAGCCUCUUUCCCACAUUGUGCCUCUCUUCCAGCUUUCCUUCCUCCGCCAGUUCGUUCCCGCAGGGACCACCGACACCUGGACCGACCCUACCCUCCGUGAGAUCACCAAAAGUUUGCUCAAGGCCGAAGAGGGCACUGUCCAAUACAUCGCCCAAUCUCUCCUCAAAACUCCCAAGGAAGACCUCGGACCCAAGAAUGACUACAUCCCCGAUCUGAUUCCUCGUCUACAGGAUCAGUACGGCCCCGAGGACCCCGGAACUCUCGUCGCCCUUCUCUGUAUGAACUUUAUGGUGCUUCAGCCCGGUGACUCCAUCUACAUCCCCGCCGAUGGAAUCCAUGCCUACCUGUCGGGUGACAUUGUCGAGUGCAUGGCCCGCAGCAACAAUGUACUCAACGCCGGCUUCUGUCCUCCCGCCGACCGCAACAGCUACGACCUGUUCGCCGAGACACUUACGUUUGAAGGGCACACCGCGGCCGACAUGCUGCUGCCGAGCAACAAGAGCGAAAAGAGCAAGGAGGGGCGCACAGUGGUAUAUAAGCCGCCCAUGAGCGAGUUCGAUAUGCUCAAGGCUGACCUGGGAGCUGGGGAGAGCGACGAGAUUGCGCCGAGCGACGGGCCUGGCGUGCUGAUUGUUACAAGUGGCCAAGGGACCAUGUUGGCCGGGGGCAAGACAUUUGACUUGAAGGAGGGAUCCAUCUUCUUUGUGGCACCGGAUACGACGGUUGUCUGGAAGACCGACAAGGGGAUGCAAAUCCACAUGGCAGUUGUUUGAGGAACUCAAUUCUUAUACUGUAAAUAUCUUGUUUUUCUACCCUGUUAAGCCCAGGGCAGAGACCUUUUGUUUAUACCACUGGUACCAUAUACCAAAUCUUCACCUUUGAUUCGGGGAAACCGGAUGAUUUCAUAUACCCGCCUCUGUUUUUCGCUCUUUGGAUGUUCUGUACCCUCCUGUUUCCUUGAUAUUACUAGAUUUUCUUUGAGAAGUACACUUGUUUUGGGCUUCGUUGCAUACAUGUUCGUUCUUAGACACCAGAAGGAGCUAUUGGAUACAAGUCGAGUAUCACCAAGCAACUGUUACUGCGGUGAGCAUGUACUUCCCAAACUUGCCCUCGCUUCUCCUUCCGCCUUCCUUUCGAAGUCACAUCAUCCAACCACAAUGGCAGGAGACACCCGUGGACACGAUAAGAUGCUACAGUAACGAUGAAAGGAGCGAGCAAAGUUGCUCAUGACG